UCCUUGGGCGAUGAACUGCCAAAGCUACAUUGUGAAGUGAACACUCUAUAUUGGGCCAAGGCACUUCUUACGAUGACAUACAACUUCAUAGACAAUGUGAUUGCAUCUGCCACCUCUCCCCCACCAUUUGAUAUUCCACACCUUCGCUUUGUGGAAGCUGGUUUGGCCCUAGCACAUUCCCAAAUCUCCAAAGGUCCUGUGAAGCCCAAGUUCAGUGGCAUGUUAUGUGGCGUUUACCUCCUUGAAGAGAAAAUUGAGGGUGGUAACAGAGCAUUCACUAAGUACAUUCAUAACAUGGACUACGAGCCGAUGAUGUCCGCAGGAAUGAAUGGAUAUGACAUUGCGGAGUUUCUUGUGUUUACUCAACACAUCCAGUAUUGCAAGACUGGAGGUCUUGUCAUCAUAUUGGACUACCAUGGCAAUCGCAUGUUGCUCACAGACCCUCAGAUUUUGACAGACCCUGGAGCAGAUGUUUUUAGCGAAGGAAAUCUUGAGUCCACUGUUGCUUUGUUUGAGAAGCACCACAAGUGUAAUCGGUUCUGCAAGUGGCCUGGGUUUGGCUUAAAGCAGUUUGGGUCCCCGGUGACGAGUGGCCAUGAAUCAUCCGCUUUGUAA